AUGUUUGUUUCUUGGAAGUCCUACACCGCCCUGGCAUCUCGAUUGGGCGGAGAGAAAGUGGCAGAAUUUGGGUUUGCUAGCUGGCGUGUGAGAGCUGUAAAGCUCAUAAUAGUCAUGGAGCAGCCAUCGUCAAGUUCCAAAGUUACGGUUCAGUAUUUUGACCCGUUCGGGGUCUACCAGCUACUGUCGCCCGGCUUCCUCCCUCGACUACCUCUGCGAAACCUUCAUUGGGAAUCUCAUGCUGGUCCAUUACGUUCCAUAUCCUCCCUCCAUGUCGACCUUGUCCCAUUCGCUCAAGAACCGGGCCCUCCUGCCUCCACAGACAAUGCUUCAAGCAGCUCGCCCAGCCUCUCAAGGGUGAAGAGUGAGGAUUCAACAGCAAGUGGCGAUGAUGGUUUUCGGACACAAGUAUUAGGACAGGCAGCAGUAGUAGAGAAACCAGAGUCUCGUUCAGACGCUGCGCCCAAGCCAGUUGUUAAGGAGCGAAGGCACCAAAUACCUGGGUUACGACAGACGCCAUAUCUGAAGGUCUUCUUAUUACGCUGCGAUGAUAAUGAUACCUACAAAGCGCAAGCUCGCAAACAGGUGCGAGAAUGGAUCAAGGAGCACACUCCGCCUGCGCAGAGCACUACGAAGCAGAAUACACAAGAGAAUCAUGAUGCCUUCGAAUGGCUUAUCAUUCAUGUCGUAGUACCAAAUACGGCGGCAGCAACACAACCGAAAACAAGUGGGAAAAGUUCAGAAGGGAGUUCUGGAUCUACUACAGAGAAGGCCACGGCACGUUGGAGAGGAGGUGGAUCAUCGACCCUGUUGGAGAAACUACGCGCAGACUUUAAUGGCUCAUCGAGAACUGCUGUUGAUCGGGUAGCUCAGAUUCGUAUUGGCGUUAAUGAUGUGCCUUACGAGAUGCUUCCCCGUGUUGUGCCAGCCAUUCCAGGGUCAUAUACCGAGUCACCGCAAGAAAAUGAGAAUGCUUGGUUGGAUCUGCUUGUGAAGUUCAAGUCGCUGAUUCUAGCAUCCUUUGAUAUGCGUGUGAGUCAGUAUGAAGAGGAUAUUCGUGAGAAAGAUGCCCAGCGAACCCUGCCUGGCUGGAACUUCUGUACUUUUUUUGUACUUAAGGAAGGAUUGGCAAGAGGGUUUGAAAGCGUCGGCCUCGUUGAGGAUGCCCUAGUAGGGUAUGAUGAAUUGGCAAUAGGUCUUGAUGCGAUUAUCACGGAGCAAGCUACCUUAGGCUCAGGCGCUGAACAUGGUGGAUCUUUUCUGCCUUUUACGGAGGAUCUGAAGCAACAAGCGGAACGAGCGAAAAGUGCGAUACUUAAAGAUAUGGGUGACGGGAUAGACACUGUCGAGACGGAUGACCCCAUUGAUCUUCAGUCCAGCUCAAAGCCCGCCGACAAUGAGAUUGACGAGAUACCGCUAAACGCAGUCAAGAAACGAUAUCGAGAACUUAUACUGUCGAACGAUAUCUCCAUCUUUGACUUUCGUUGCUACAUAUUUGCUCGGCAGUUGUCACUAUUGCUACGCCUCGCAAACGCUUGGUCGUCCAAGGAGGAACUGCUUGCAAAACUCAAAGAGCAGCGAGAGUCCAGUCUGCAAGGAGUGGUUGCUCGACUCCCGGCAUCCCAGGCCUCGGAAGACGUGGAGAAUCUCGCUACCCUUGCGCAUGUAUGUAAGAGAUCCAUGGACUUCAUUGCUUCUAUCGCACGUAUCAUUCGGGAUGAUAUUUGGACGUCCCAGUCAAAACUGAACAAGUCCGGUGAAGCAGAGGAUGAGAAGGCAGAAUUUGUCGUGGAGCCAGACCCAAUAAUGUCGCAAGUAGUAGACAACAUCACGUCCUCCUUCACAUUUGCUGUGGCACAACAAAUCUUGGCCCAAACAUCUACAAAAUCUCUGCCCAUUCCCCCAUCGACGCUGGCACCCCCAAGCGCUAAAAUAGGUCUCGAUGGACAGGAGCAAAAGGCUGCUAUCCCCGAGCCAAAGACGAUGAUGCAUCCUGCUCGCAGUAGCUCCCUUGCUCAGCGUCGUUCGCCGGUCAGAGAGCCCACAGGCACUGCAGCUUUCCCAGCCAAUCGGAGAUCCAGUGUUCCAGAGCAAGGCACUGUCUCGACGACUUUCCUUAAAAACGGGCUCGAAGAUCUCGCAUCCCAUAGAGCGGAGUUAUAUCUGUUUUCGAGAAAUGUGUUAGAAAGGGUCGGCCAAGAGCGUGGAUGGAGCGCUGGCUGGGCAGAAGUUGCGGAUCACUAUGAUGACAAGGCGGACGAGUUGCAAGACAUUGACCUAGAUGGAGGUUCUUCUGGGGGCGAAGAAGCGAUUUCCGUGGUUUCUCCAAAGCCUACCCCUUCCUUACAUGGCAUCGAAAGUAAACUGCUGCGAACUGCUGUGGAUAGCAAGGAUGACUUUUUUCGGCUCUACGAGACUCUGACGGAUAAAGCACUCCGCCAUUAUACAGUGGCGAACCGUACGCAAUCUGUCCUGGCAAAUAUGGCUGAUCUAGCAGUUCUCAAAUAUCAUCUCGAUGAUUUUGCAGCUGCGGCUUCGUACUUCUUUCGUAUGAUGAACUCGUAUGGCAACAACGGAUGGGAUCAAGUAGAAUUGCCGAUGCUCGUCAUGUAUGCGAAAAGUCUUAAAAACCUUCAACGCAAAGAAGAUUACGUCCGUGUUGUAUUGGAUCUUUUAGGGAAGGUUGCUGCUACUGAGAACGCGAAACAGAUUCGAAAAUCGACUUUGCGGAUUGGCAGUCCCUCAAGCUCCAACAAUGAUGAGCCUGUCUCUACUUCUUCGUAUCUUCAUGAGUUGUUGGAAAUAACGAAGACUUUGCAACGUGAAAUCAGUGUGCCAUUGCAGCACUUUUUUGGACGUGUGGAGGUGGAUAGUACCCCUCGGUAUCACCCGGAGAGAGACAGCUUUGCACUACAGCUUCGUCUGAGGUAUUUACUCUCAGAAGUGCUCACAGUUGAGAAAGCAAGAGUCAAAAUUACUGCCCUGUAUGGAGACACAAAACGAGAAAUUUGGCUUGAAACUACCGGCCCAUCAGUCUUCAAGAAUGGCAGCGGGGUACUAUUAGUUCAGACCAAUACGAUUGUACCGGGCACCUAUACUGUCAGUCAUGUUAGCCUUCACACCAGUAACAUCUCUCUUACUUAUGAGCAUGAGAGUGUUGUUGCCAUCCCUGGUCAGACCGACACGUUCUUCAAAUGUCCAAGACUGCUCGUCUAUCAUCGGGCAGAAGCGUUUGAUGUGAAGCUUUUCGCAUCAAGAUACAUGCAUCUAGAUCGCAAUCGCUUCUUGGAACUUGAGCUCUCAUCUGGCUGGAAUAAUGUGAUUAAUGGAGAACUUCAGGUCCGCGCAGCAACUGCUGGGUUAAGACUUCAAACAAGUGAAGCUAAAGUUAUAAGUGGUAAACUUGAACUCUCCAAGCAAGCUACAGCCGGCGUCGUUCGCUUUGGUGCUAUGGCUGUAGGUGCGAAAGCGAAGCUUCGCGUGCCAUAUACUCUUGAACACGACUCAAGUGACAUCUCGCUCAGGCUGGAGUUAUCCUACACCACUGAAAACGGGACCUUCUUUUUUGCCACUACGCCUACAAUGUCUAUCCUCCUUCCUCUCGGUGUUAAUGUGCAGGACGUCUUUAAGCACAAAGCGCUAUUUUCAAAAUUCACAAUUUCUUCCGCCACUGCCGACCCCUUACGUCUGCUGAGUUCUCGCUUAGAAGACUCAGAUGUUUUCGAAGCACACUGUGGCACCACAUUCUCAGACCCUUUGGUUAUAUUUCCACGGCAGCCUGCAUCGAUGCUCUAUAAAAUUACGAGAUCCACUCGUGCAACACCACCGCCGGGUGCUAGCAAGAGCGUGAAAGCAUCCUUGUCGCUCGUGUUGCACUACAUAUGCCUCGAGGAAGAGAUUGAGAAUACCGUUACUCGUAGCCUCGAGCAGGCUCUCCAGGAUACACCAAUGUAUCCUUAUAGCCGACUUGUCAUACCGAUCGUCGUGGCUGAGCUCCGGGCGCGUUCAUCUCCGUAUGAUCUUGAACGGAUCGCAGUUUUGAGUGAAGUCCCAACCUCGGUUCUUUCAACUGUAAGGUGGCAGGACCAUUUCUCGGGCCUUGGACGUACUAUGGAGAGCAACCAAGAAAUAGCUGGCUUAAUCUCGGAGGGCCUUCAGGCGUGGCAACAACGCACACCAAAGAUUCCUUUGAUACUUCUUUCCACGGAGGAGGAAACCAUCUCUGCCAGUCGAUCCAUCAUCAUUCCUGUUGAGGUUCCUUCCGUGACUGUCGUACACACAGCAGAUCUCAAAUUACUAGAGAGCUCGCUAUUACCCACUGCUACGAUGGUAGCCGCGUCAAACCAACCCCUCUCCGCGUCGCUAAAUAUCAAAUGGACCAGAAUGUGGGAUGCUUCACUCCAUCAAGGAAAGAAUAGCUCAUCUCCGUCAGAAGACGUACAUUUUGUCUACGAGGUUACCGGAGCCUCUGAUAAUUGGCUGAUUGGAGGAAGACGAAAAGGCCAUUUCAAGGUCCCAAGUCAGGCUCAUGCUGCAGACAGCAAGCAGAAGCUCUCCUUCCCAGUUGUGCUUAUUCCCUUACGCGAGGGAUUUCUGCCUUUCCCGAACGUGGACAUCAAACCUGCACCAGCAGUGAAGGUCUUGAAGUUAGGAACAGCUGGUCAUGAGGAAGAUGCUACUCGGACAAAGUCGUCUAUUACAUGUGAGACUGACCAUAAAAAUUCUGGAGAGACUAUCAGGGUGAUAAGUGAUGCACAGAAGACAACUGUCUCUUUGGAUGCCAGUGGUCCUCAAGGUGGCGCUAUGCUCUUGGAAAGUGAAUGGAGGGGAACGAACAAUAGAGGAAUUGCUCUUGGGUGA